AAGUUUCAGCUGUAGAACAGAGUCCAGUUUCAGUUCAAGUUCCAGCUGUAGAACAGAGUCCAGCUCCAGUUCAAGUUCCAGCUGUAGAACAGAGUCCAGCUCCAUCUCAAGUUCCAGAUGUGCAGGAUGUAUCCAUGGCUGCAGCACCUCAGAAGCGCUUAACCAUUUACAUGUUGGAGUCUGCAGAUUUUGAAAUGCAGAUCCAGAUGGCACAUGAUCACCUGUUGCCUCUGGUAGAGAAAAUCCACCCAGCUAAAGCGAAUACAAUUUCAUGGAUGCUGAUUGGGAGUGAAAACAACUUUGAAAUCAUUAACAUGAUUUCAGAUCCUGAUCUUCUGCGAGCCAAAGUGGAUGAAAUGAACAUAAUCCUAAAAAAAAAAGGAGAAGCAGGAGUCAAGUCGAAUGACAAAGCGAAAAUUCAGGCCUUGCCCUGCUUGCCAGGUCAAGAACCAGGCUAUCAGAAAGUGCUGCAGCGCCUGCUAUACAAACCUCCGCAAGACUAAAAAGAUGGAGGGCCUCAAAGACCGCCUGGAUAAUGCGUGGGGGCAGGGGGUCUGGAAAAACCGGAAUGCGUCACGAGUGGUUUCUUCUGCUCAAGUUGCAGUGCAGAAACUUGCUGCCUUGGGCUAUAUGCCCAUUUUAAUUAUGGGCAGAAAAAAAAAGAAUUCGUUGAUCGCCGAUAUAAAUUCUGGAAUACCACUCAAUAAGGACACACGACCUUUUGUUGACGCCACAAAGAAGGCUUAUGAGUAUUUACUUAAAAAGCAAGGACCCCAGAUGUCUCCAUUACAUCCCCAGCCUGACCAGCAUAUCCAAACCCCAACCCAGCCUGACCAGCAGAUUCAACACCAUUUUGACCAGCAGAUCCAGCACCAUUCUGACCAGCAGAUUCAACACCAUUUUGACCAGCAGAUCCAGCACCAUUCUGACCAGCAGAUUCAGACCCAUCCUGACCAGCAGAUCCAAACCCCAACCCAGCCUGAGCAGCAGAUUCAGCACCAUUCUGACCAGCAGAUUCAGACCCAUCCUGACCAGCAGAUCCAAACCCCAACCCAGCCUGACCAGCAGAUUCAGCACCAUUCUGACCAGCAGAUCCAGACCCAGACUGAAGCUCAACAGAUUGAUGAUGAUGUCAUACUCAACCUCUAUUUUUUGCCCUCUCCAUCCCAAGUCCAGACUCACUCUGAAGCUCAACAGCUCCAGGUCCAGCCACAGCCCCAGCAAAUUCAGCCGCAAACUGCCAAACCAAACCCUCAAAAAAAAAAAAAGGUAAAGUAA